GAUUAGUUAGUCGCGCUUCGCUAGAGCUUAAUGUUCCCAUCACCUGCAAGAUUCGAAUCUUUAGUGACGUUGAGCGAACUAUUCAGUAUGCGAAGCUCCUCGAAGCUUCAGGAGCAUCUAUGCUUACAGUUCAUGGACGCACCAGAGAGAUGAAGGGUCAAAAAACUGGACUCGCUGACUGGAAUCAAAUCAGGGCAGUAAAAGAAGCUGUGAAAAUACCUGUUAUCGCCAACGGAAACAUUCGGUAUUUAUCAGACGUUCAUCAGUGUCUGGACUCUACUAAAGCCGACGCGGUGAUGAGUGCAGAGGGUCAUCUUCACAACCCGGCUUUAUUCUUAGGAAUCCAACCAUGUAUCUACGACAUGUGUUUUGAAUAUUUAGAUUUCGUGGAAAAGUACCCAACAUCCAUGCAGAUUAUCAGGGGACAUAUUUUUAAACUGUGUCACCAUGCAUUGGACGAACAUUCUGAAUUUCGUUCACUAAUUGCAUCUUCUCAAUCGAUUAACGGGAUAAAAGAGAUAUUACAGAAAAUGGCCUAUCACUGCUCGUCUUGUGUACGAAACAGUUCAAAUGAAUUACCUUAUCCCCAUUGGUUAUGUCAACCAUAUGAGCGACCACUUACAGUUUCAGAACAAAAAAGUGAAAUUUCGAUGCAAUCAGUUGAUGGAUCUCAUUUUCAUGGAGUUGAUAGUACUGUCUCUGCUAAAAGGGUCAUGCUGAUGGAGGAAAGACGCAAUCGAAAAGCUACAAAGAAGGAGAUUAAACUUGCUAAGAAGUUAAUAAUUGUUAAAGGAAAUCUUAUAUGUUCUAGUUGCAAAAAGAACCGGAAAAGUUUGAAUUGUUCAAGAUCCGUUUGUCGCACCUGUUGUCAAAAUCAAAAUGAACCUGACCUGAAUUCAUUGACGAACAUCUUUUGUUCAUUCCAUCAUCGCCAAACAAAUCCUUUGUCAGAUUAAUAUAUUUUUAUUUUCACAAA